AUGGCCAUGCAUUAUGGCUGCUCUAUUAACUCUGCUGUGGAGGAUCAGGAAGAGGAAACGCCACUACUGCCAACACUAGCAGCACAACACGCAGUGCCUCCAAAAUGCUGCUCUGUACGAUGCAACCUGGCUGUCAUGAUGUUCUUCGGCUUUGCUGUGGUGUAUGGUCUUCGGGUCAAUCUAAGUGUUGCUAUGGUUGCUAUGGUCAAUGGUACCCAGCCAUCGUCCAAUGACAGUAAAUCCGAAGAAUGUCCGGCAUCUUUUCCUACCUCUAACAGAAGCACUGAUAAUUUUGAUCAGCCAGAUGGGGUACCGCAGUACUCAUGGGAUCCUCAGACACAGGGAAUGCUUUUGGGUGCAUUCUUUUUUGGGUACCUUUUCACCCAGAUUCCUGGAGGCUACUUGUCUGGUCGCUUUGGUGGGAGCCUCUUUCUGGGAGGUGGGGUUUUGUGCACAUCAGUCCUUACUUUAUUAACUCCCCUGGCUGCACAGCUUGGGCCCAACUGGCUGUUUGCUCUACGAACUCUGGAAGGUCUUGGAGAGGGUGUAACCUUCCCUGCUAUGAUGGCAAUGUGGGCAUGUUGGGCCCCUCCAUUAGAGAGAGCUCGUCUAAUGACUUUUUCAGGAGCAGGGGGCAACUUUGGUGCCUUUGUUGCUUUUCCUCUCACUGGCUUAAUCUGUCACAGUUUGGGCUGGCCUGCAGUUUUCUACUGCUGUGGGGGAGCAGGAUGUGUUUGGGCAGUACUGUGGUUCAUCCUGGUGUCAGAUGAACCUCGCACACAUCCAAGAAUAAGUGACCAAGAAAAAGAAUACAUAAUCAACUCUAUAGGUUCAGAGGGUGGCACCCAUGGUUGGUCAAUUCCCGUAGUGCCCAUGCUGUUCUCAGUUCCGCUCUGGGCCAUCAUCAUCACACAGAUGUGUUCUAACUGGGCUUACUACAUGCUGCUCACAUCACUGCCCACCUACAUGGACACAGUGCUGCACUUUGGUCUGCGCCAGAACUCAUUCCUGUCAGCUCUGCCCUACCUGGGUGGCUGGUUAUUUUCUGUGCUUUCGGGUGUGUUAGCGGAUACUCUCCUGGAGAGAGAGCUACUGAGUGUUACAGCUGUCCGCAAAAUCUUCACUCUUACAGGUUUGCUUCUGCCUGGAGUAUGUCUGCUUGCUGUUGGUUUCUCAGGAUGCAGUGGCAACUUGGCUGUAACCUUUCUUACCCUGUCCAUCACCAUCGGGGGCACAAGCGCUGCUGGAGUCUUUAUGAACCAAAUUGACAUCGCUCCUCAGUAUGCAGGCAUACUACUUGGGAUCACAAACACAUUCGGAACAAUCCCUGGAAUGCUUGCGCCAAUUGCAGUUGGUCAACUUGCCAAGGAUCACUCUCUAAUGGGCUGGACGAAGGUGUUCUAUCUGUCGGCAGGCAUUAGUGCUUCUGGAGCUGUAUUCUACAUGCUCUUUGGCACUGGAAAAAUCCAAACAUGGGCAGUCCGGGAGAAAAGGACAGAGACAGAAAAUAAGCACUAUAGCUCUAUUUCCCAUCAAACAACUGAAUAAUUAACUAAAAGAAACAUUACAAUGUUCAUUGGAUUUACACAAGGAAAAUAUAUUUUACCAAAUAUGUGUGUAUAUAUAGUCAAUGUAAUAGGCAUUAUUAAUGGUACAAAUUUUAAUACAUAAUUUUGAAUUAUGUUAUAUUGAAUUUUGAUACAUUUUAAAGGGAUGCAUUAGUUUAAUGUUGGAUUAUGUAAUUGUAAGAUAUUUGCACUAGAGUUUUAUUAUAUUGAAGGAACUUUUCCAAAAUACAAUAUGACCAUUUAAUAGAAAUAAUAGUAACAGUAAACUGUUAAACCGUCUUGUUCCUGUGUCUACUAUUCUAGUCAUUAUUAUAAUUUUAUAUGUG